GGUUCCCUCCGCACUCUCAUGGGGGCAGCCAUUUUCUUAAAGGCUGCUGAACUCGCGACCGCUUCAAAAUACUCAGAUGAGAAAUCUGUGAUGCUUUCGAGUUGUCAACGCCGGGGGUGAGGCAGCAUCACUUAAACCUGGAGAUGUCUGGCUGCAAUGGCCCCCUACUCAAAGAACCUCCAAUUUAUCUGUUUCUUUAGACCUUAGAAUUGAUUGAAGAAGCAAGAGCAGAAAAUGGGGGCUCGCUUUUUAAAGAUGCGUUCCUAGCCGUGAGGCCUAAGAAGGGCGUCUGGGAACAAAGUGUGUCAGCCAGUGUAGCGGCCUGGCCCUUUAAAGGAUGUGCGCUAAGGGGCGGGGCCUAGAGCGGAAGUUGUCAUCAGGUCUGAGGUCUGGUUGAUGAAGGGCGGAAGUAGGGUGUCUGAUGCGGCUGUCAUGGCGCAGGAAGAGGAGGACGUGCGAGAUUAUAAUUUGACUGAGGAGCAGAAAGCGAUCAAGACCAAGUAUCCGCCAGUCAAUCGGAAGUACGAGUAUUUGGAUCAUACAGCAGAUGUCCAGUUACAUGCAUGGGGAGAUACCCUGGAGGAAGCAUUUGAGCAGUGUGCAAUGGCCAUGUUUGGUUACAUGACAGAUACAGGCACUGUGGAGCCCCUGCAGACAAUGGAAGUAGAAACCCAAGGAGAUGACUUACAGUCUCUUCUGUUUCACUUUUUGGAUGAGUGGCUUUAUAAGUUCAGUGCUGAUGACUUCUUCAUACCCCGGGAAGUAAAAGUGCUUAGUAUUGAUCAAAGGAACUUCAAAUUACGGUCAAUUGGGUGGGGAGAAGAAUUCUCAUUGUCUAAGCACCCUCAGGGUACUGAAGUCAAGGCGAUAACAUAUUCAGCAAUGCAGGUCUAUAAUGAAGAAAAGCCAGAGGUUUUUGUAAUCAUUGACAUUUAAGAUACCAGGGAAAAAAAGACUCCUAUGAAGAACUGCUUUUUCUCUUCCUUUGGAGAAGAUACCAUAAUAUAAAUCCUACUGUAUCUGUUGAAAACUUGGAGAUUUGCAGAACAGAAAUCAUUUGCUUAAAUUGUGACUUUCAGAAAAGGAAAGUCAGGACACAGCCUUGGUGUGUGCUACCCAGAUAUUCAAACUUUAAAGAAUUCUUUCCAUGGCAAAUAUGGUCCUUCAUUUAUUCUUUCCCUGUUAGAGCAGCAGGCACCUUACACCUUUCCAGUUAGUGCAAACCCGAAGGCCUCCUGGUGUAAGCAGCAGCCUGAAGCUCAAGAAUCAUUUGAGAAAUCCCACACCCAGGAUUUUACUUUUCUUCCAAAUUAGUUAAGACAUUUUUCCUAAUGUACAUUAAGAGAGCUUGUAUUUUAGAUUGUGUACUACAGCGCCCACCAUCUUGUAUUCUAGCUGGUUUUCUUACAAAUAAUUGUAGUUGGUUAAGAGGGCUUCUCUAGAAAGAGCCCUGAGUUUCUCUCUCAUUUUUAAGCACUGAUGUACUGACAGUUCUCUCUCAGUGCCCUUUCAAAUAAUCCUUUCUUCUGACAUGUAAUUUUAUUUUAAAGCCAGGCUAUCCAGUCAGGGAGGACAAGGAAGAAUUUCCCUCACUCCAUUUUUCAAAAAAUUAUAUAAACUAUUUCCAAGGAGCCCAGGGAAACAAUUUUUAAAUGAUCUGAACUUUUCAAAGGAGAUAGCUUUGAGAAGGAAAAUAAAACAAAACUGCUUUAAUUUGCAGCAUUGUUCUAUUCUCUAUUGAUUGAUCUAGAGUUUGCAGUAUUAUCUAUUCAUAAUUACAUAAGAAAAAAUUCCACUGGAUGGUGCCAAAUAUCAUUGUUAAUAUGCUGAACUUGACCUAAAAGGAAGAGAUUGAACUUCCUAUGGGUUUUCUUUGAACACUACAUUAUUUUUAACAGAAAAUAGGGGUAUUGAAGACUAGACUAAGAGCCUGUGGUCUGAAUAGCAGCACUGAAACAUUGUAUAGCGAUCGAGUUUCCUAACCUUUCUUACCUCAGGUGCAUUUUGUAUGUUUGAAUUGUGGCCCUCCAAGCAUAGAAUGUCUGGAAGAAGCUCUGCACCUUUUGCUGGAAUGGAUUUCUAGCUGACAUGAGGCUCUUGUUUUCAAGGACGCCUUUGUAGAUGCUGAACUACAGGGUUGUUGACUGUGGAAAUGAAUAAUGCACUAUCAUUCAGGCAGUGUCAGAGUAAGAAGAGCUCUUGGGAUAUAUUAAAGCCGAUUUGGGUUCAAACCUGACUGGGAAAAGAAGCAUAAGUUAGCCAUGUUUCUUACCAUAUACUGUGUGAUGGGGUUCAAUAUA